AUGAUAGCAGGAAUUUACAAUAUUUCGGAAAUUACUCCUAACUUGCUUUUUGAUCUUCUUAAUUAUCCAGAAGUUUAUAUUGAAUCAGGAACGUCUAAUUAUGGGCUUCCUAUGAAUCAACUAACAAGUGAUAAAGGGUUAGUUUGGGUGCUCAGCGUCCCAUUUAACUACGGCUUUUACUCUAAUUGGUGGAAUAUAAAAAUUUUUAAAGGUCGUGUUAGAGCUAACCAAGCAUUAUAUGAAAGGAUAUUUCAUGACCUUCCCCAUGAAGGUGACAAUAAUAUCUAUCGCGGAAUUCUAAAUUCUGAUCUUCUAUACUCGGGAUCCAUGGGAAACUCUGGAAUAACACCUACUAUUGAAAUAGAGAUUUUAAAUUAUAGAACUAUCAGUACAGCUUCUUCUUCCGCUUCUGUUAGCGAAAAAAAAGAAGUUAUUAAAAAACUUUUCUAA